AUGUAUGUCGACGAUGCAAAUAAUCUGAGUCAGAAUGACGGGCUCUUCAAGCAGAUUGUUGUGGAAAGGGACUCGAACGCUCGACUUUUGGGUUACGAAAGUCAUGCAGCCUAUCGACUAAAGAAGAGGUUGAUGAAGACUCCAGACAGAGUUGAGGAGUUUCUGACAGAUUUAGAAACUAAGCAGAUGGCUCGAGGUAGGCGAGAUAUGAAAUCAUUGGUGGAGUUGAAAAAGCAGAACGAACCUGAGAACUCCCUUGACGAAGGUUUUAAUGAUGACAUAAUAUUUCCAUGGGAUUUUUGGUAUUACGCUCGCAUGGCCCAGCAACGUCGACAUGUCAGUCAGGAUCGUGUGACGGAGUAUUUCCACCUCCAACAUAUCAUCAAGGUCAUGUUAGAAAUGUUUUCUGAGUUCCUGAGCAUCCAGUUUUUCCCCAUAUCUCCAGAUCGACUCAAAGGCUCCAUAUGGCAUGAAGACGUACAUGUUUGGGCUGUAUGGGAGGUGUCCCACUUUCACGCAGAAUUGGGACAUAGCGUCCAUCACUUGGUGGCUAGAACGAACUACGUAGCUUUCCAUGGUCACAGGUCACCACCUGACUUUGCCGAAGCUCUCAGUGUAAUGCUUGAAAAGUGGUGCUGGAUGGAACCUGAACUCAAACGUCUGGGCCUCCACUACGCGAGGACUCAUCCGCAGCUGAAUGAGAACUGGCUGCGGGAACAUCCAGGAGAGGAGCUUCCUCCAGCACAAAUACCCGAUGACAUGAUUCAGAUAUUGACUCAAGGCCAGCAGGUGAUUCGAUCAUUGUGGUUUCUUCGUCAGAUGGUAUAUGCACGCUUCGAUAUGGCCGUACACCAUCCCAAAAGCCACGAUGAGCUUCUAAAGAUGAAUUUCACAAAGAUCUACUAUGGCCUUGCGGAGAAGUUAGGGUUUGUUCGUGCACCGGAGCCAGAAGACCAGGGAUAUCCACACGCCGAUCUGGGCCAUCUAGUCUUUGGCUACGGGCUCUUUGAGUCUACAUUCCGUGAGGAUCCAAGGAACGUGUCAGCUUGGGACAGAUACAAAAAGGGAAUUCUUGAAUUUGGCGGAAGUCGAGAUGAGUUGGGGUUGCUGCAGGAGUACUUGGGACACACUCCUACUGCUGAGGCGUUGCUUCGUGAUAUCUUAGAAUAG